AUGGCUCGCGGAAAUUAUCGGCAGAAGGGGAAGAGUGGCAAGGGCAAGGUGGUGAAGAAGGACACCGGAGACAAGAAGCAGUUCGUGCCCCGCUACCACUAUUUUGCGAAGUCCAAGCUGGCGGCAUACCCCAGCGAGGACGGAGUGUGCUUCUACACAGAGAAGCGGCAGGACGAGAAGGAUUUCUUCAAACUGAGGAGUAUCUUGAAAUCCCGCAGCUCCGAGAAUGAAGAGCUGUGCCGACGGAUUGGAAUGGGCCUGGCCUUGGAUGCUGCCAGCGUGCACCAUGGCGUGCAAGUCUUGCACAAACGCUUUGAGAAAGCCAUCCCAGCGGUCCCAAAGGCUGAGGCGGCCCAGCUGGAGAAGACUGGCUUGCCCAAGCUCUUGGAAGCGCUUGGCUCUGCAAGUGGUCAGGAGUUCGUCAACAGCGUGGCAGUCUUGAACGUUGGCAAAACAGGCCAGCCGAGUGAGGCGGAGGUCAAGGCUGCCGUCAAGACGUUUCUGAAAUUCCUCCAAGACCCAAAAGGCGACUUGCACCGGAACCUGGCACGUCUGGCCUCGGACGCGGCUGGCUUGUACCUCUUUGCGAUGACCCUGCUCAAAGACAUGGCGUUGGUGCAAGACCCUCAGGGCUGGGCAGACAAGGUGGAAGGGAAGCAGAUCGAUGCCGUCAAGGCGUGGAAGCGGAAGCCCAAGGAUGAGAACAAGAUGCGGCACGCGUUGGUGGCCGCGCUCAUGGCCAAGACGGAGGCGAACGAGCCAGCGGCGGGCAAAAAGCGCAAGGUUUCUGACUCUUCCGGAGAAGCGUCGUCGGCCAGCGUCGCGGGGAGCUCUUCGAAGGCAAAUUCUUCGUCGCAGGAAGCUUCUGCCGACGGCGGCAGCGGCUCCGAGUCCAACGGCAGCAGGGAGGCUUCGGGCAAGUCCUCGGGCAAGAGCUCAUCCCCCCCCGCGACCAAGACGAAGGCCAAGAAGAGCAAGUCCCAGGAAAAGAAGACCAAGAAAACGUCAAAGAAGGAGGACAAGAAGGAAGAGAAGAAAGAACGUCCGGAGAAGAAGGCCGCAAAGGACAAGAAGACUGAGAAGAAGACUGAGAAGAAGACUGAGAAGAAGACUGAGAAGAAGACUGAGAAGGCAGACAAAGACAAGGGCGCCAAAGAGAAGAAGGAGAAGGAGCUGAAGGCUGAGAAGGGCAAGAAGGAAGACGAGGAGGCGAUUGCAGAGGUGCAGUCAGAGGAGGAAGCCCGCGCGGAGCCAAGUGAGGCAGCCGAGAUGUUGGAAGAACAGGCCGACGCUGCUGAGUGAGCC